AUGGAUGCUGACAAAGCGGCCAUCGCUGCAGCGCUGCAGGAACUUGGUGAAGACUUCGAUCCAGAUGCUGGCUUCGCAGUGGUUCCAUUGACAGAAUGCCCUCAUGUCACAGCAUUGCCUGCCCGGGAGAUCUCCAUGAAAGCUCGAUGUUCUGUGUGCAAGGAGGAAGAAGCGCACAAGUCACAGUCUGGCUGCACCGGAAAGCGACCUAGAACUGAGCGCGUGGCACCAUUGAAUGCUUUCACUGACAACGUCCUUCUGCGAGACUUUGGACUCUUAGAGGAAGUGGAUGCAGCUGUCGACCGUGCUGACAGAGACUUGCGGAUCCGAGACGAGGAUUGUGCUGAACAUGCUGGCAAUGUGGACAACAGAGCGGCACAAGCAGCGCAUACAACUGGCACGGGCCUGUGCAGCACCGGAGCGGCAAACAAGGCUGAUCCUUGCGCCUUUUGCUAUGACCAUCGCUCAAGGGAAUACUUCCAAGCUGGUGGAUGGUGGCAAGGGACGGAAAGGAAAGGGCGCAGCCAGAGCAUGAAGUGGUUGGGCGAGUCCUGGCAAAGCCCUGAGUUGCUGUGCUGGCUUUGGCAACAUAGCUCCAAUCAGCUGCGCAAUGUUGAGGAACGCGAGCCAGGCGAGCUGUCAGAGGAGUCCGAAGAGACAGAAGCGGAAGCUCCAGAGACUGCCUGUGAAGAUCCUGUGGCCAUGCACCACAGAGGUUGUACCGAGCUGUUGCGAGCGGAGGAGUCCGAAGAAAGCGAAAGUGAGGAAAGACAGGAAAGGAAGGACAAUGACGGGAAGGAUCCCCACACAGAUGGCAAGGAAUCGGAGGCGGUGGAAGGCAAAGAAUCAUUCCACCCUUAUGUAAGGCUCGACAAGUCCCGAACACUCCGUGAGAAUCUCAUGGACAGAGCGAUAGUCGAGCAUCCUGUGCUUUAUGUGGCAUUACCGCAGGACCAAAAUGCCCAACAAAAGCGACUGAACAUGAAAUUACAUGGAAGAGAACUCCUAGGAAGAUGUAACAAAAGGGGUGCCUGA